AUGACUGCAGACGAAUACUUAAAACCCACACACAGUCGUUUUCAAAGACAGACAUCGACACUUUUCUGGAAGUCAUAUUUGCAAAGACAACGUCGUUGGCGACUACUAGUUUUGGAAACCUUGUUUGCAAUAGUUCUCUUUUGUAUUGCGGUGUUUAUUGGGAAGCCAGUGUUUAUGACACCUCUGCAGGCAGUACCCGAGCCUCCAUUGACGACUGCCGAUAUUAUUGCGUCAUUCGGAUCGGAUAAUAUACUUGGAUAUGCACCGAACAUACCACCGUAUACGCAUAUUAUGUCUCGAGCUGCUGAUCGUUUGGGAGUUGUGACUAUGAAUGCGGCGACCGAAGACCACCUCAACACCAUGUUACACAACAUGUCGCAAGGCACGCCGAUAAGUAGCCCAAUAAUAUGGGUUAUAUGGAAAAUGGAGGAAAAUAAAAUGUGGAGAUUCAGUAUUCGCAGCACUGAGCGUGCUCGAUUCGUCACCACAUCUGAACGUACAGUAUCCCAUAACCCCCAUUUAAAGAGCGGUUUCCUGGCUGUUCAGUUGGCUGUCAGUGAAGCCAUCUUGGAGUAUGUCAGUCCAACGGUACCGGAGUAUGAGUUAAGUCUUGUCUCGAUGCCAGUAUCUCCUCUAAUGCAAGAGGCCAGAGUUCGUAAAGCUAUAUCGGGGAUAAUGCUUUGCUUCACUCUAGCCUUCCUUCCUCCUGUCUUGGAGACGGAGGCUCUUGUCGUCAGGGAGUCAGUUAAUAGGUUUAAGCGCGCACUUCGUCUACGAAACGUAGAUUAUUCGGCUAUGUACCUCGGCUGGAUUGUCUAUGGCUACUUGACGGUUCUACCAGCCUGUAUUGCGGCCAGUACAACGCUACUCCUAAUAUUUCGCUGGAUACACUUGUUCUACAGUUUCAUAAUGCUUUUAAGUUAUGUAUCUGUGAUGAUUAUGAUGGCGCUUAUUAUGUCUAUGUUUCAAUAUAAAACUUGGGUCGCGAUUCUAUGGACGACGCUGUUCACACUGAUGCAAACAUUUGUGGCUGAGUUGAUUAUCCAUCAUCAGAUCGAUACGAAGAAUGCCGUUCUGAAUUUCUUCCUACACCUGAUCAUCCCACCUUUGGGCCUGGAACACGGCUUCAAUGAGUUCGCUUUAUUGCAGACUGGCCAGGACGGACGCUUGGAAUUCCUUUCCGUGAUGUUCACGAUACUAUCUUGGUUGUUCAUGAUCACCCUAUACUUCAGCUUCUUAAUGCUGCUGCAGAGAACAGUCAAGGAAAAUGCUAUAGGUGGCGAGGUUUCAUGGGAAUCGAUUCUCUUUAAGAAAGUCGAAGACUUAAAUAAAUUACAUAAAAUAGAAACACCGACGGGCAGAGAACGAGAUAAUUUACAGGAAGUAGAUGAGUUGGUGGCGAAGGCUAUUAGUAUGCGAAACGUGUCCAAGUUAAUUUUGGAUAAACCAGUAGUAAAUAACGUAACAUUGGAUAUUUAUCGUGGUGAAUAUACGAUGAUGUACGCCGAGAGGAUACAAGUUAAAAUGUUGACUGCCAUAGAGGAUCUCAUGACGGGUUUAACCCUCCCAGACAAGGGUACAAUCACAAUUCUUGGUGAGGAAAUGAAGCCGGGAUUGAACCCAAUAUCAAUGUUAACAAUGAUGGGUUACUGCCAUCGAAGUGAGGUUCUCAUUGACGAUCUAACUGUGGAUGAACAUCUUACUUUCUUUAUGUCUAUAAGCCUCUGGAAUGAAACCAGCCAAUUCAUAUCUGAGUAUGGACAUUUGCGUUCGCAAAGUCUGAUGAAAGAAUGUGACUUGGAGUCAGUGAAAAAUGAUUAUGUGCGCAUUUUGGAUGAUUACUAUCGUGCUCAGUUGUGCUGGGCGAUUGCUAUGCUUCUUGAGCCAAGGAUAAUAAUUAUACCAAAUUUCACUGGAAAGGCGAAUUAUAUAGCUGUUAUCAAGGAUAAAAUAAUGCAAUAUCGAAAAUAUAUCACUUUGAUAAAAUUCAGUUUUUCAAGUGUGUUCUUGGAAUAUGCAGAUCGCGCAUUCAUUUUUGACAAUAAGACCUUGUUGUUUGGCGGCACACCUGCAUAUAUGUUCUUCAAAUACGGUCGAGACUACAGGGUAAGAGUAACAUUUGGAAGUAACAGAUACACGGAGGAAAAUGAUGAGCUUUUAGAAAAGGCUUCGGAAGCUGGGGCCUCGAUAAGGGCGCAUCUUGGCACUUUGUUGAUUCUUAAAGUGCCAACACACCCCACAGCUAAUGUUGCCAAAUUAAUUCAAACGCUACACGAAGGGGCUGAUAAGUAUGGGAUCGUUUCGAUGAAUAUCAGUAUACCCGAUUCUGAAGAAGUUUGCAAUAGAGCCAUAUUUGAAUCAAGAGCCACAACACAUGGUACUCCACGUGAACACACAAUAUCCAGAACUGCUUUGGGACAUAUUGAAAGUUCUCCUGAAAACUGGAGUCCCACAAGAAUAUCUAACUUCGAUAAUUUUAUACAUUUAUCGUACAUUGGACAAAAAUUUACAUCAUUUUAUAAGCAAUAUAGAAUUGUUUUGAUUUUUACGGUUAUCUCCGCUUUUGUAGCUGGAAUUUUUAUUGGGUUGUCAUUAUCGCAGCUUCUCAGUGAUAUUGAGGAAGAUCGUGUCGCUAAGAAGAUUUUGCAUGGUGAUAUUUUAACGGUUGAAGCGUUGGAACAAAAGACUACUUUAGUUGUGCGCACAGACAACUCGAGUUACGGGCAAUCAAUUGCUUCAGCAUAUGUUCUUUCUGAAACUAAUGCGACCGAAAAAGAAAUUGAAAAUAUUGCGUACACUGCACUUCUGGAUAUCGAAAGCGUAACAGAAUAUUUAGUGACUCGUGCCAUUGACUCGCCACAGCACUACGUGUAUAUGUAUGCAUAUGGAUUGGAUAUUCAGUACAUGGACGAUAUAAUAUCGAUGAAAGUCCUCUACAGUCCAAUACAUUAUGACCAUGCAGCGGCAGCCAGGUCUUUAGCUCGAGCCUAUAUGGCGCUUUUAAGGCAUUGUACGAAUACCUUAGAUGCCACAAUACAAGUCACCGAUGAUCCACUAGCCCUGGACUUAACGCCUUGGAUGGUGUACGCGGAGAGGCCGCCUAUUUUUACGGAGUUCUUACUUAUACUAACAAUAUCUCAUAUGAUUUUAAUUCCAUCUAUGGAAAGUGGAUUUGUAAGGCAUACACAGUGCUAUACAAUGAAUUUCUCCCCAUUGCGAUACUGGUUUUCAAUGUUCGUAUGCGAUCUCUUCAUGUAUUGGAUGCUAGUGGCGAUUAUGUCUGGAGCCAUGGUCGUUAUCAUGAUCUUAGUAGCACCACAUUACUUCGGUAUAAUAGAUUUUGUAAUAAUUUCAUUUGUUCUGGCUGUAUAUGGAAUUGGAUGUAUACCGCAAGCGUACCUCUUUAGUCUAGGUCCAUACCCGGCACUAAAUUCUAUGAUUUUUGUAAUGGUCAACAUUGUUUUUGGUGAAACAACAGUAAUUGCAAAGCUUUUCUAUGGUAACGCUUUAAAUUACGCGCUAAAUUUCUUGAGUUUUUCGCCUCAAUUCAACAUUGCUUACGCUUUUGUGAAAAUUAAAAAGAUUUUUCUUUACAACAGCGAAUGUAAUAUUUUUAAACGGAAAAAUCUUUGUUCGUCCAAAAUUCUUCAUAAAUGCUGCCACAAAUGCGGAGUCCUACAAAAGUGUUUCUCAAAACAGUACUAUGUUUUGAAGCCACCAGGUGUAAGAAUGGAAAUUUAUGCUAUGUUCUCCAUAGCUGGUGUGUUGUCCACCCUCCUUCUAAUAUGGGAGUAUAAAUACAUACAUAGAAUUUGUUCCUAUGUCCUGAAAUGUCUUUACUUCGACCUAAAGGAACCGGAGGGAGAGGCAGAAGGAGUUAAGCAAGAGAAAGCAGAUGUUCUAAGUAAGAGAAAGGAAAUGAUGUCGAAAACUCCUGUGAAAGGAGACACGUUCGGGGAAUAUCUCCUAGCGAAGGAUGUCUCUAGAAGGGUGCAAGGCGUAUAUGUGAUACGUCACGUUAACUUCGGGCUCGGGAAGGGGGAGGCAUUAGCAAUCUCCGGUUUACUGAAACACGGAAGAUUGAAGCUGUGUGAAGUUAUAACAGGUUUUAAGUUACCUAGUGACGGACGGCUGUGGAGUGCAUCCAAAUGGAGUUUGAACAGAAAUCCCUACUUGUAUAGCCGUAAUAUAACUCUAAGUUGCCAACACAAGGCACUACCAGAAUGGAUGACAGUGUAUGAUGCUCUUGCUCUGAUCGCCGUUCUAAGAGGAAUACCUAAGAACCGAGUUAAGGAGGAAGUUCAUAAUUACAUUGACGCGUUAGAGCUUCACAAUUACACAUACACAACAAUUAGUCACUUGGAGCCCAAAGAAGUAACGCGCCUACAUUUUCUGGCGGCUGUGAUCGGUGCUCCACCAGUGAUUAUUCUUGAUGAGUUCACUGCAUACCAAAAAUACUCUGUGCGACGGGCUAUGUACUCUAUCAUACAUAACCUGAGAAAACGUGGACACGCCGUAAUUUUGUCGUCUAGCAAUGUCGAAAGCCAUAUGCCAGUAACGAACAGACUUGCAAUACUAUUCGAUGGUACUAUCUAUGACAUUGAUUACAUAGACAAUCUCGUCGCGCGCAACAGCGACCCUGGCUACACAGUAGUAGUACAUCUCAAGAAUGAAGUCAAAGUUGAAAGAAUGUUUUCGUUUUAUUUUCAGAACUUCAUUAUUAAUGAUGUUAAUGAGGUCCUUGUUAACAUCCAAAUAUUAGAUUCGGAUUUAAACUGGGCAAAAAUAUUUCAAAGAAUGGAAACCCUUCAAGCCGAGAACCACCAUAUUGUAUAUUCAUACGUCAUUUCUGCUGUGCCCAUAGAUUACAUAUAUAAUAGCAUAUUAAGCACAGAAGGCUCAGAGAGUGGUUUAGCAACAUCAAUAUUUACAAAAUACUUUAAAAAGACUAUAAAAAGCCCCACUGCUGCCACAUUGGACAAAUUAAAACAAUUCGACAAGAGGUAUUAUAUAACGAAGCUGAAGGAUCUCCCGUGGUCUGUUAUUUUUCAUAGAUAA